ACGAGUGGACUCGGGUGGAAAUUCCACCAUGCCUACGCAAGCUCUGCACACACCUCUCGCUCCAUAAAUUGAGGGGCUGCUGAUGGUCUCAGCAUCAGACAGCCAAGAGGCUUCCAAGCUACCCUUGCCUGCUCCAGCUCCAGCCACCAGUUCUCCAGCAACAUGAAGGUGUUUGUGGUUGCCCUCACCAUCCUCAUCGUUGCCUUCUGCUACCAGACCUCUGCUGCUCCACUUGGCUCCGACCCACCGACCUCCUGCUGCUUCUCCUACGUCUCGCGGCAGCUGCCCCGCACCUUUGUGAAGGAUUACUACGAAACCAACAGCCAGUGCUCCCAGCCUGCUGUUGUGUUCAUCACCAGGAAGGGCCGGGAGGUCUGUGCCAACCCCAGGGAGGACUGGGUCCAGCAGUACGUGAACGAGCUGGAGCUGGACUGAGCUCCAUGGCCCCGCUGCCGGGAGGGACAGGCGUCACCAGCUGGCGUCCACUGGAAGGGCUUCAAUGUCAUUUAGAGCUAGCUGAGAAACUGAAAACAUUCCAAAACACAACUUAAUGUUGUGCUAUUUAAUUUUUUAUAGGGGACGGAUCAGGUGCAAUAACUCUGAGAUAAAAAAAAAAAUUAUUUAAUAUGUUUUUUGUUGGGUUUUUUUUUUUUUUUUU